AUGGCCCAAGGCCAGCUCGCAUCAGUACCGCCAUUGGCAAAUGGGGCAUCGUUGGGUCUUUCAAGAGAUGAGCUACACCAUAUACAGCAGUACGAGAGAAUCGUGCAGUUUCGCGAUGCCAUCCUUGCUGGCUCGCAUUCCAAAAUCAAGGUGCCAGCCCAGUUGGCAGGUCAAACACCAGCUCAUGCCACAGCAUCUUCAUCAGAGUCCUCUACAUCAGCAAAGGAAACGAAUGGAAACCCAUCUCAGGGUUAUCAAGUCGGGAAUCUGCAGUCGUUCGCGACCAACACGCAACAAGCGUCUCUUCCUGGUCUAGGAAACCCGCCUCCUGCUAACGCGAACCUACCCGCAAGACCGUUUGUUGGCUCUGGCAAGACGGAGAUCAAUCCCAUUUUUCUCCAAAAGUCUGAUGACCUGAUCAAGGCCGAGAUCCAGCUCCAAAGGCAACGCCUUGAACGGUUACUGCGCGACGAGGUCGAUCAACGCCGGGCUUCUAUGAAGGCCUCGGCGCAGUCGGAGCCUCUGGCCGACUUCGACCUCUCCGAUGUUCUGUCCAAGGCUCUGACUCUGGUCCAAGCUGCUGCUCCUUCAUCUGUCAAUGCUACGCUAGCUGCUGCUAACAUUUCAGCUGCAAGUGACUCUGUUGAUGAGAACUCUUACUAUUCUUCCCAAAUCAAUUCGCCAGAUUCCUCGCUCCGCAGCUCGCGCGGGGGCAACGACGCCGAAGUUACGGCACAGAUACCUAAGCCUUCCACCGCAGGCCAGCCAUCCGAAGGCCAGGCGCAAGUACAAGCAAACCAGAAGGCUCAAGCUGGGCUGCAAUCCUCACUCUCCUAUGCCUCUGUUACUCAUCAGCCACAGGGCCAAGCCUCGAAUUCCAUCCCCUCCCAGUCGCGACCAGUUCCAAGCAGGUCCGACGCCGCGCCCGCAUUUUCCCGAUAUCCGUCGGUAGGAACGACGCGGAGAAUGGAUAGGGGUGAUAAUACGGGGGUGUCUACAUCAGGAGGUGGGAGCGGAAACACCAGUCGUUCUGAGGAGUCAGGCGUUAUGGAUCUUGACGGCAGUGCAGAUAGAUCUGUCCCUGCCGUAGGCCAACAGCUACUUAGGGAGUCCAUGCUCGCUCGCCAACCCUCGCCUUUGAUACAGGUUCGCGCCCACAACAUAUCCCCCUUAGCGCCCCAGCCUUCCCAUGUCUCGCCUCUUGCAAUGGCCAGAGGUCCAGCAGCGGAUGCUCAAGACAUGAUCAUCCCUCAAGGAACCACUGCUCAAGUUGCAGCACUACGCAAUGAGCCCAACGUUAUUUCCAGUCCAGAUAGCUCGCCGCAAGGGGGCCGCAGCGGGGAGAAGCGGAAGGGGAAGAAGAAGAAGAACAAUGCGAACGGCAAGAGGGCAGCCAGGCAAGCGCCAGACGAGCCUUACAUCAAGCCAGAACCGCGUUCGCCGUCUCCCAUGAACGCACCGUCUUUCAUUCGGCCACAGAAGCGGCAGAGAAGACAAGAUGACGAGGAGCCUCGUUAUGCUCAGCCCGAACGUCAAUUUUCUCGAUCCUACAGGGAGGAAGGUGCUAUGCCUAUGUACGAGACUCAAGAGUACCGUCCACGGCCGGCAAGUCACGCCGCGGCGACUGGCGAUUAUGGUUACGGAAGAGAAUAUGUCGAUGAGCCCCGCGUUCUGAGCGGCGCCGAGUAUGUGCGGCAUGUGGCGUCGCCGGGUGUCUAUGCAGUUCAUGCUGCGCCAAGUGAGGUGUACGCAACAUCCCCAGCUAGUGUCGAUCGCUAUGGUAGAGAACCUGCACGGUACUAUCGCGAUGGUUACGAAGUAACACGCAUGAGCGCUCGUCCCAUGACAGAUCGUGCGAGGUCUCGCUCGCCCAUCAUGAGAGAAAGGGCGUCCCCGCUGAUGGGACCACCCAAAGCACCGCCCGGAAGGGUUGUGGUAGAUCCUGCCACUGGUCGUCGAUACUACGAGCCGCAGACUGUCGUUCGCCAGUCUGUUGCCCCGCCACCAAUGCGACCCGGCGAAUCCGAAAUUAUAUACGAAAGAGCACCCAUACGAGCAGAGUCGAGACGCCCAGGACCAAACCCCCGAGAUGACGACGUCCUUUAUCAGCGGACCUCGCCAGUGUACGCAGCACCUAGGAGAGUCGUUACGCAACCCGAUUAUGUUUCAGACCCUCAACGUAUCUAUAGACAACGAGAGUAUUCAACAAGGCCAGUGGCACCGCCGGGUGAAGAAUUCAUUGCUGCCAGAGGUGGCAUAGAACAACGGAGGAUCAUUGAGGAAGCUCCGAGAGAGUAUAUGAUGCGGGCGACAACAGCUCGCCCUGCAGAAACGGUACGAUAUGAACUUCCGCGAGAUUACGGAAGGGUUCAAAGUGUGAGGCCGGAGCAAAUUCCCAUCCAGGACUAUGCCUCGGCGCCCAUGCACCCUGACGCCCGCCGGGAGAUGAUCCAACCAGGACCCCGUUCCUACAGCGUACGGCCUGCCGAGCCUCAGGUGGUACGGCGGGAGUACAGUGCCAGGCCGGUGGAGCAGCAACCAUACUACGGACAGCCGGUCCCCGCACGGGGCGAGCCGGAGGUGUCAUACAUUGAACGGCCUCGGGUAGCUACACACGAAAUGUACUACGCCGACGAACCCCCACGCCCAGUCUAUCGAUGA